AUGGCCCGCCCCGUCGCCGGCGUCCGCGCCCACACCCUCAUCAUAACGCUCCCAGGCUCGCCCAAAGGCGCCAAAGAGAACCUCUCCUGCCUCCUCCCGCUCCUCCCGCACGCCUGCAUCCAAUGCAGCGGCCUCACCAGCUCCCGCGCCCUGCACUCCGGCGGCACCCCCGCGCUCGAAGCCCGCUCCGGCCUCCCCCCAGCACCCACACCCUCCACCUCCACACCCUCCACACCGCACACCCACCAUCACCACCACCACCACCACCACGACCACCCGACCCCGCGCGCCCACACCGCAAACACCCUCAACGGCCCCGUCACCUCCCGCCACCGCACCUCGCCCUACCCCCUCCUCACCGUCGCCGCCGCCACAGCGCUCAUCGCGCGGGAAACAGCCCUCACCGACAUCGUCGCGCACCCGGUGGGCCCCAGUCUCGUCGGCCACAUCCUCGCCGAAGACGUAACCGCCCCGCACCCCAUCCCCGCCUUCCGCGCCAGCAUCGUCGACGGCUACGCCAUAGUCCACACCGACGGCCCGGGCGUCUACCCCGUCGUCUCCGUCUCCCACGCCUCCCCCUCCCCCACCGCCCCCGCCACCCCCCUGCAGCCCGGCCAAAUAGCGCGCAUCACAACCGGCGCGCCAGUGCCCGAUGGUGCCACGGCCGUCGUCAUGGUCGAAGACACAGAGCUCACCCGCAGCACAGCCGACAGCGCCGAGGAGCUCGAAGUGCGCAUCCUCGCCUCUGGCCUCCGCGCCGGCGAGAACAUCCGCGAGAUCGGCAGCGACGUGGCGCCCGGCACCGUGGUGCUCCACCGCGGCGACCCCAUCACCGCCGUCGGCGGCGAGAUCGGGCUCCUAGCGUCCAUCGGCCGCGCAUCGGUGCAGGUGCGCCGCAAGCCCGUGGUAGCGGUGCUGAGCACGGGCGACGAGGUGGUAGCGCACGACCGCGAGGGGCCGCUGCGCGCUGGCGAGAUCCGCGAUUCGAAUCGGCCGGCGCUGUUGAGCGCUGUUGCGGCGUCGGGGUUUGCGACGGUGGACCUGGGGGUUGCGGCGGACGCGGCGGGCGCGCUGGAGGGGGUGUUGCGGGAGGGGCUGGCGCGGGCCGCUGUGGAUGUGCUGGUGACGACGGGGGGCGUGUCGAUGGGCGAGAUGGACCUGCUGAAGCCGACGGUUGAGCAGGCGCUCGGCGGGACGGUCCAUUUCGGGCGGGUGGCGAUGAAGCCGGGGAAGCCGACGACGUUCGCCACCGUGCCUGUGCCCGUGCCUGUGCCCGUGCCCGCCGGAGAGGAGGGGCAAGGGGGGCAGCAGCAGCAGCAGCAGCAGAAGAAGAAGCUGCUGUUUGCGCUGCCCGGAAACCCCGCGAGCGCCAUCGUGACGUACCAUCUGUUUGUGCUGCCGGCGCUGCGGGCGAUGCUCGGGCACGUGCCGGCGGGGCUGCCGGUGGUGCGCGUGGUGCUGCAGGCGGACGUGGCGCUGGACGAGCGCCCGGAGUAUCACCGGGUGUGGAUUGCGGCGGGCGGCGAGGACGGCCGGCUGAGGGCGUGGAGCACGGGCGGGCAGAGGAGCAGUCGUGUGGGGAGCGCGGGCGGGGCGAAUGGGGUGCUGGUGCUGCCGGCGAGGGGCGAGUGUGGCGGGAAGAGGGGCGAGCUGGGCGUCGUGCCGCGGGGGGAGGUUGUGGAUGCGAUUCUGUGGGGGCCGGUGGGGGCGGGUGGGGGUUUGUGA